AUGUUCGAGGAGCUCCCCACUACGCGCAUCUUCUGGGUGAGCGUCGUAGCCUUCCGCCUCUGGAAUGCGCUGUUUGUACGCACGUCAUUCAACCCGGACGAGUACUGGCAGAGCACUGAGGUGGCACACCGCCUGGUCUUCGGCUACGGAUACCUUACGUGGGAGUGGCAGGACGACGCACAACUGCGAGGAUUCGCUCACCCGGCGCUGUUUGCAGGGCUCUACAAGCUCCUGGAGCUGCUGAAUUUGGACUCGCGGUGGGCGGUGGCGUACGGGCCACGACUACUACAGGGCCUUCUAUCGGCAGCCAAUGAUUUUUUCCUAUACAAAUUGGCACGGAAUUAUUUUGACGCCAAGACGGCCAAGUGGGCGUUGCUGUGUCAGUUCUUCUCGUGGUUCACCUUCUACGUGAUGGUGCGGCCGUUCUCAAACUGCGUUGAAACGCUGUGCACGACAGCGGCACUGGCUUAUUGGCCCUGGAAGUUUCUGGAGCAGACAAGAAGAACGACGAUGCCGCCCCCGUGA